AUUGUAAUUUCCCUCUAGUAAGUUCCCAAUUUGAUUUGUCUUUUUGUUUUUAUUUUGGUAAAACAGCUGUUUAGGGGAUGCUACUGUAUCAUAAAUAUUUUGUGGAGACUUGUAUUAAUAGAUGCAAUUAAUGUACUUAUUUAAAAGGAUUGCCUCUUAAGAAACAAUAAUUUACUAGUCAACUAACAGAACAAAUACUAUAUCACAUCUACAGUACUCAAUAACACAAGCUUGUUUCAGAUAAAUAUGUUUUUAAUUUUCAUAGCAUGUCUCAUGCAAAUGUUUUAAGUUCACAGGGGUAACCCUCCUCCACUCCAACUCUACAGCUUUUGCAAUCCAAAGUUCAUUGACCUGUUGGAGAAAUGUGGGGUUUGCAAACUGCAUUCUGUGUUUACUGUGUGGGGUUGUAGUACAUUUCACUCUUUUUCCCCAUUGCUUCCUCUGAGUUGUCCAGGCAGGCUAGAGAAUUCAGCUAGUACUUCUGGUCCAUAGAAUCUUGCUCCCUCUGACCCAGUCCACUAUGGGGGUACAUCUCUGUUAUGUACUGUCCUAUAAUAACCCUACCUCACAUGUACAGAAGUAGCUGCCUGGGGACAGAAAGACCACGCAACAAAAAACACCCCCAAAUCCUCGGACUUCAACUCUGGCCUGGUUGAGGCCCAAUUAUAGCCUACUGGGACAGUUUUGUGAUGUUAAAUUUAUCAAAGGUUAGCCUCAAUCCAUCCCCCAUCUCCCUGGAGGUGUCUUCUGUUCCCUCCCUCUUCCUCCGCUUGUCUGUUCGGCUCAACACAGCCUGGAUCAGUGGCAGGUUUCUGAGGAGACACUACACAGCUCUGGGAUCCAGUUUGAAGUCAGUAUUAAUUUAGCUUCUUGUGUGAUGGAUAAGUGUUUGAUGACACUCCCAGUCCUGCUGCUGUUCCUGGGCCUGGUUGGGAUAUCCCGCUCCUGUCUGAAUCCUGUCUCUGCAUACAGAUUCACUGGGGCUGUCUGUAGGCUGACCUACUCUGCAGCAGUGGUCUUAAAUGAGAAGACCACCAAGGUGAUCCAGGCUGAUCCAGGCUGUUCAAGCAUGAACAGCGAGAAGUCUAUUCUCUUUGUUGGAAAGGUUAAAUAUGGGCUUACCAAUCUGGAGAUCCAUAACCUGUCGAUUGGGCGGAGUGAGUUUGAGCUGAAGCCAGGUAAAGGCAUUGAGAUUGCUAUCUCCAAAGUGUCUGCUGUUUCCAAGGGAACCAUCCAGUAUGAAAAUGGCAGCUGUCUUGUCAACGUGGGACAUUCAGUAGAUUUGGAAAUUGAGUCACAUAUUGAUCUCGGCAUUAACCCUAAACUUUAUUGUGGAAAAGAGAAUGUUGCCGCAGACACCUCAGUCUGUUACCUUACCAUCCACAAGCUCAAUCUCCUGCUGCUGGGAGACAAAGAACCUGGCUGGCUGAAGAGGCUGUUUACAGACUUUAUCACCUUCACAGUGAAGUUGGUUAUUAAAAGCCAGAUCUGCAAGGAGAUCAAUAAUGUGGCAAACAUACUGGCUGACUUCAUACAGGAACGAGCAGAGCAAUUCCUUAGUGAUGGUGACAUCAGCAUGAAUAUUGGUGUAACUUCUGCCCCUGUCAUCACAUCACAGUACAUUAAAUCAUAUCACAAGGGUCUGGCCAAAUACAACAAUGUGACAGCUGUCAUCAAUGCCUCUGUAUUCCACCCCAGCCAGCUGACAGAGGACCGCAUGCUUUACUUUUGGAUCUCUGAUGAGGUCUUCAACCCCUUAAUUACAGCUUCCCACCAAGAUGGACGUUUUGUCCUCAACAUCUCUGGCCUGGAGCUCACAGUAGGCGUCGACCUGACUAGUGGAAGUCACUCUAACAUGAUCCUGUGUGGUGCAGUUGGUAGAACAUGGCACUUGCCACGCCAGGGUUGUGGGUUUGAUUCCCACGGGGGACCGUUAUGAAAACGUAUAUACUCACAACUGUAAGUUUUUCUGGAUAAGAGCGACUGCUACUGACUUUAAUGUAGAAAGGCAUCCUUUAAGUAAUCAGGAGUUGUUGUUGGGGGUUAUGUUAUAUGUUAGAGACAGGGCAACUCACUGUAAUAGCGUGAUGAAGCAGCAAAAGCAAUGUUUCCAUCAGAUGUCUACAAUUAUGAUGUAGCAAGUAAACACCAUCUUACAUGGUGACUUCAAGCUGAUUUGUGUAUUUAAUUUGUGCUAUUAACAUGGUCAACUUAAUUACAGGAACUUUUCGAAGUGUAUUUGUCAACCGAAAUGCCAGAGUUCCUAAACCAGGUAAUGUGACAAACCCAGUCAGUACAAUCCUCAGACUCCUAUCAGCUCCACAGACCAUGUGACCUAUCUUGGCAUCUGCGCUACUAUGACUAUGGAUCAAUGUACAUUUUGUGGUGUCUUUAUCUUACAUUGUGUUAUAAAUAAUCCUAGCAGAUUAAUGCAAUGUGUAUACAUAUGUGUGUGUCUCUCUGAGCCUGUGUGACAUAUUGUAUUUGUUUGUUAUCCCCUGUCAGCUACUGUCGUCUGAGGAGCCAUUUCUGAGGGUGUGGCGUGUGUCAGUGCCUCAACUGUGGACGACCCCACUGGGCAUCUCUGUUAGAGCUUUGGCUGCAGGGAAGCUGACCAGCGGAGCUGAGGACAUCCCAGGACUUUCCUUUGAGACGGUCAGCCAACCAAACAUAUGUCGUUUUCAUGAUUUAAAUAACAUAGCAUCAGACAACCUUUUCUCCCAGAUUAGUAGCUAAAUUACGUUUGUCGCUGUCUUGGAGGUGGAGGUUGUUGUGAGAACUUCAUACUCUGAGAAGUAAUUGAUCCUAAACGCUACAGCGCCACAGUGAGUCUUAUUUAAUUUUCAUGCCUAUUCUGUGAGCAUGUACAUAGGCCUACAUGUCUGUAACCUGUUAUUGUGAUGAAUUCACUGUGCCUCCAUAAUGGUUACAGUGACUAACGGUUCAGUUCUUGAUUGCAACCUUCCUGGUUGUAUGUUCACUAACAAGUUCAUGUUCACUAACAAGUACCCUACACUGCUGUUGACAUCUGUGCAAGUAAAUAAUAGAAGACUGCUUCUUUCCACAAAAGAAUUUCCAUAAUGAAGGAAUCACUGUCCAAACACACUGCAGGUGAGAAUUAAGUAGACUCAUUGAAUCACUAUCUAAGUGACAUGUAACGUUGGUAGAUUGCUUCUUAUUUUCUUUUGCUCUCCAGAUGGUUGAAGCUCACAUUGAAUAUUUAAAAGGAGCAGUGGAAAAAAUAGGUGUCCCAAAAGUAAUAUCUGAACUAGAACAAGGUUUAACUGCACUCAUGGACAAACAGGGAGCAAAUCUGUUUGAUAUCAUCAAGCCCCAGGUUGUUUCUCAGGAUGGUUAUGUGAUAAUCCAGACAGAUUUUGGCUUCCCCCAUCAUCUGUUUGUGGAAUUCCUCAGGAAGACUCUGGAGUGACUCAAAUAUUGAGCUGGUGGGAGUGGUCAAAGCUCCUCCCUCUUUUGAGACACAUACAGUUAUAAUGUGUUCCGAUGUGCAAUGUUUUGAAUGACUCUAUUAGCGGAAAUGUUGAUAAACUUUAGACUUGGGAGUACAAUUACUAAUUGUAAUUGCACCUGGACCAGGAACAGGUGCAAGCACAUAGCAAAUCAGGCACUGUGUAUAAGGUAUGUGUGUUGUUUGUAAAAAUGUAACUUAUUUUUCACCUAAUUUGAAAUGGCAUUGUCUUUGUACACUCAUUAUGAACUUUUAUAUUGACAUGGUUGAUUCUGUCUCUUAAACUAGUCCCUAAAGCUGAAAUAGACAUUAGACUUGGUUCAAUUAUAACAUGAUGUAUUUGCAUACUGUAACCAAAGGGACCAUGGCAGUAGGGUAUUUCCGCUUAUGUCUUAUGAUUGGAUUGGUUAGUCUGGCACCAGUGGUGGCAAAAGUAUCCAAUUGUCAUACUUGAGUAAAAGUAAAGAUAACUCAAUAAAAAAAUUACUCAAGUAAAAGUCACCCAGUAAAAUACUCCUUGAAUAAAAGUCUAAAAGUAUGUUUUUAAAUAGAUAAGUAUUAACAUUUCUAAAAUGUACUCAAGUGUCAAAAGUAAAAGUUUAAAUCAUUAGGAAUUCCUUAUUAAGCAAACCAGAUGGCACAAUUAGCUUUUUUUUUUUAAUUUUUUGGGGGGAUAGCCAGGAGCACACUCCAACACAACACAUAAUUUACAACAAAGCAUGUGUUUAGUGAGUCCGCUAGGUCAGAAGCAGUAGGGAUGACCAGGGAUGUUCUCAAUCGUGGACCCUUUUCCUGUCCUGCUAAGCAUUAAAAAUGUAACAAGUGCUUCUUGGUGUCAGGGAAAUUGUAUGGAGUAAAAAGUACAUUUUCUUUCUUUAGGAAUGUAAAAGUUGUAAAAAAUAUAAAUAGUAAAGUACCGAUACUAGUACUUCAACGUAUUUUUACUUGGUUACUUUACACAACUGACUGGCACAGAGCAAAUAGAACUGGUUCCUCUGCCAACUUCCCUGGUCUACCAGGUGUCCCUCUGCCCUCUGGGAAGACAGCCAUUUGGCAAUAGAAGAUGGCUUCAGAAUGGAAACAUUGCCAACUUGUUUUGCCUCUGUAAUGUCCCAGUGAAUUUUGCAUUUUUGGAAAUAAAGUAAUAAAUGGUU